UGUUUAAUUGAAUUUUAAUGCCCCAAACAAUUAAAUGUUUGCGUGGGCGAUACCAACAUUUUAAUCCAAUCCUGUAUUUCUAAUUUAAAGAUUUGGAAUCGACAACAUUAAAACAGAAAUCGAGAUAAUUAAACGUUAGCAGGAGUCUCUUAAUGGCCUCUCUCUCUCUCUCUCUCUCUCUCUCUCUGUCGAUUGAGGCAAGAGCUGCACCUGCGUCUUUACUAGUCGAAAGACUAGCUAACUGUGAUAAUUCGAGGCUAUAAGGUUUAUACAAAAAGGGGACAAAGAGACUACAAAACAAACUCCUAACGAGUAUCAAGGCUAGUUUAGCUAUGAGACUUCACCCGCCAUAAUUUACACCGAAGCCAGCAAAGUGUGAGGGCGUCAGCAUUAGCAUAUGCCGCUAGCUAUCAACCGUUGUUGCUAGCUAACGUUAGCUAACAUGUUAGCUUAACAGUUGCGUAGCUACUUAAUAUAAAAACACGUUUAAGAGACACUGGUCGGCACGGGCCUCCGACCCCAGUCCUCUUUUUCUCGCCACAUGCUGAAUGUUCUGGCACACCUGCUGCACCAUGGUCAUCAGUGAUGGAUCUUCUGUGUUGGCUGGAUUUGAUUCUUAGAAACACGGACGCAGUCUUCAUUGGUGCUCCCCAGUCUUGCAGAGCAGUGGAGCUAUCGGGUGCCAAUCAGAGACAGAGAGGGAGAGAGAGACGCAGCGGAUGCUGAUGACGGAUCCUCACUGAGAGGAUGCUAUCGAUCGGGCUCGCUGAUGCUCUCCCCUCCAGUUUGAUAAACAUGCUGAUGUGCGCAAUUACACCUUUCCUGCUCCUCACUGGCUUAUUGACGAAGGUAAUGUGAGCAGCGGCCGCACAACGCAUGGGAAAGCCGAGUCAUCAAUGCAGAACCCCUCAGCGCUAUUCGGGAUGGUCAGCCACUGUCAGACCCCAACUUUCACAGACUUCACCGGCUUGUCGCUGUCCGUGUACGGAGCCAAGACAGCGGACAUCUGUGCGCGCAGAGCCGGGAGCGGUGGUUUCGGAUCGCAGAUUUGCCGGAGCUCCCAUGACACCCCGACUCACAUGAGCUGCGCCAGCCCAAAGAGACUCAGCGUGUCCGAAGAAAAAGCGCAUCUGUCAGCCAAAGCUCCGCGCUCGUGCCUCUCGCUUCCACCAGCGCAAGUGAACGGUGCCUACUGCUCAGAGAAGGAUUUAGACACGGAGCUGGGUGAUGCUGAGGGCACCCUGAUGCGAUGUGGGCAGAGCUUGCCACUGCUGGUGGGGGGUCAUUUAGGGGGGCUUUAUACCCAGAGCCUCCACUGCGACAGACCUACGCCCGACCUCAUCCUGCACGACGGCCCUCACCAAGACACCAGAUCCUCCUCUGCCUUCCAGAGGACCCUGCCAGGGGCCUCAGCCAGCCUGAGCUGCGGCGGUGCCAAUGGGGCUCGCUCCUCUCUCCCUUACCCAAUCAAACAGGAGAACUCAAUGGGCUACAAGAUCUCCAACACGGGGUCCGCGGUCCAUAGCACGUCUCAGGCGGGUUUUCAGAACUGUGCGGCAGGCCAUGUAUUGGGGAUGACAAGGGAUGAGAUAGUUGGAGUGCCACAUGUUAGCAGCAACAGUAGUGACGUUGGCACAGUGAGUGAUGUUGGUAGCGCUGUGUCAGCAGACGCAGUGCAACCGUUUAAUAAUGAAGAUGGCCCCUCCCCAUUGGCUUUGUCCCCAACUGGCUCCCGUCAUUCAGCGCGGCUGCUCAGUGCUAGCAGUCUGAGGAGACGCUGCCUGUCCCUUGCCUCACAGUCCACGGCCGCUGCUGGCAGCGUUGCUGCCACAGGUUCCCCGUCGGCUACUGGCGCUGAUCUCUCUGAGGAGAUCAAUAUCACCGCCAUCGUCUGCUCCUCCUCCCAGAUGUCGAUGGUUGCCUGUGUCAACGGUUUUCGCACUAACGUCUCGCCCAGCCACACCAGCAGUGCCGGCUUCUCCUCCUCUUCCUCCUCCUCUUCUACAUCCCCACCCUCUAACUCCUGCUCACGGGAAGCCCCCCAGAGGCCCCCACCUCACGGCAGCCCCCAGCAGGCCACGCUACAGGAGAGCUGUCAGCUAUCCUCACCUGCCACCUGCCUGCUGUCUCUUUCCUCCUCCUCCUCUUCAUCUUCCUCUUCAGUGUCAUCAGUGGAGCCGGAGCCGGGCCAAGGGCAGAGCCAGGGGCUGUGUGAGGAGCGGGGCUCCAUGCUGCAGGGGCGUGGGGCUGGGGGAAGUGUGGGAGGAGGGGGAGGAGGGGGCUCAGACGGGUUGGGGCUACUGAUGAGUGGGUCCCUGAUGUCUGGGAUGCUGCAUUCGGGGCCUGAAGCUGGGGCUCUCAUGGACGGGGGCCAAAGAUCAGGGGCUGCCCUCAAACAGGAGCCCCUGGAUGAUUUUUCUCCUAGUGAAGACGAACUCUUUCAGCACCACUAUCAUCAUCACCAUCACUUGAGUGGUCGUAGCGGGCACGUUCGUCAGCCUCACCACCCGUCUCGCCCCGCUAUGCCUCCGCCCUACCACCUGCACCAAUACGUUGGACCCAGUCCUGGGGGUCUUCUGCACCACCAGAGCCAGCAAACAGCACCAACCUCUUCCCUGGGACUCAAACCGAACUCUGGAGGCCCUCCUGGGUCUCACGCAGCCCCAGAGCGGGAAGAAGUCAGAGGAGGAGCGCUGGUCGAUAAGCAGGUGUGUCGCUGGAUUGACUGCAGUGCUGCGUACGAGCAGCAGGAGGAGCUUGUGAGGCAUAUUGAGAAGGUCCACAUUGACCAGCGCAAAGGAGAGGACUUCACCUGUUUCUGGGCCGGCUGCAUUCGCCGCUACAAGCCCUUCAAUGCCCGCUACAAGCUGCUCAUUCACAUGAGAGUCCACUCCGGAGAGAAGCCUAACAAGUGUAUGUUCGAGGGCUGCAACAAAGCGUUUUCACGUCUGGAGAACCUGAAGAUCCACCUGAGGAGCCACACAGGAGAGAAGCCAUACCUGUGCCAGCACCCUGGCUGCCAGAAAGCUUUCAGCAACUCCAGCGACCGCGCCAAGCAUCAGCGCACUCACCUGGACACGAAACCAUAUGCAUGUCAGAUCCCCGGCUGUACCAAGCGCUACACAGAUCCCAGCUCCCUACGCAAACAUGUCAAGAUCCACUCGGCCAAAGAGCAACAGGUGCGUAGAAAGCUUCGGCCAUGUCCUCACCUGGAGCAGGAUGUCCUGAGUGACUGCCUGUCCAUGCAGCAUCUCCAGAGCUCCACCUCCUCGCAGCAUCUCUACAAUGGCAAAGAUGGUCGUUCUCCUGGACUGGGCCAAGACAUCUUCACAGGCCUGUACGCUGGCUCCAGCACCCCCCAUCACAGCGCCUCAGUGGAGCUCCUCUCCCCGACCCCCAACCCCACCUCCGUCUCCACCACUGACCUGCCCUCCCGACAACACCGACUGGACCGGGACCUCGGCAGCCCCCAUCACCUGUCCCCGCUGGCUGCCAUGGACGGCACAAGAGACGGUGUGUCGGGUCCCCUCCUGUCUCCUGGGAUGAAGGGAACAGGAACGCCUCCUCCUCCUCCUCCUCCUCCUCCUCCUCCUCCUCUGGAGAAACAGCAUGUCCACCCUCACCACAAGCCCUACUCUCACUAUCACCAUCAACAGUCUGCCAACGACGAAUACCAAGGCAGCUUUCAGAGCUGCUUCCAUUUCGGAGACUCCUACAGGAUGGAGCAGACGGUCGGUGGUGUCCACGUCCCAGGAGAUUCUCACGCCUACACUUCCCAUCAACACAAUGGCUUCCACAUGUCAACUAGCAACAAUGGCACUGCAGGUUUCAACCUGACCCAGGAGCUUCAGGGCGGUGCAGGGUGCCAGUUCUCCUCCAGCCCUGAGGAGAGCAUCUUCUUCCAGGUGGGCAACUUUGACCGCAGCAUGAGCCACAUGUCCUCUGUCUACACGGAGACAUAGAGCAACACUGGAGCAGGGCACGCUUCACCACACCCAUCUUCUCAUACUUGGAUCCUCUUUUCUCUUCUUCCUGAUACUACAGUAUCUGAACGGCUGAAAUGCAAACGUCAAAGUAGGUAAGAACAGCGGUUCUUAACCUUUAAGGCUUUUGACCCUUUAAAACAGAUGUCUGGUCAUCAGUUGCUUAUGGUUUCCAGUUGUGACCAGUUUAACCAAACAGUAAUUGCUGUAUCUUAUGUAAAGUUAUCCAGUAAUUCAUGAACAAAAGACAAAGAUCCGGUGCUUGCUCUUGAAAAUUUUUACUCAUUUGAAAAGCAGGAAUGACAAGUCAAAUAAGUACAGUAAAUGACAAAGCAAAAAUAUUUUUAAAAAAAGAUGCACAAGCUUUAUUUCUUAGACUCAGAAUUACAGUUAUUGGUCGUAAACUCAUCAUGUACAUGUUACAUUUGUUCAGUGUAAAGGGAUAGUUUGGAUUUUUUUUAAGUGGGGGGGGGCACUGUACUGCUUUGCACGAGGCCAGCAGCUAAACACAUUUUAGCCACCUAAAAAUAUCACUGUCAGUUUAGGUGUAUGCUAGAUUUAAAAUAUUUUCUUUAAUUCACCUUUGCAGCCAGACAGCCCUUUCUGACGGGGAACUGAACAUGUUAUUUUUGCUGUCUUUACAG